GAAUUAAGGAGAAAUGGGUUCGUUCCGCGACUAGGGCCGAAACAAACGGCUCAAUAUUCCUCCUGGCCCGCCCCUUUCCCCCUGUGGCUUUACGAUCUGUCAGAUUCUUCUUCCCUGCUACCGGCUGGAAAGAGGGCAGAAUUCGACACAAGCUCGCCGUGGGCCGUGAUGGCGCUGGACGUGCGCCUGGAGCGUGCUCGCCGUCACCAUGGAGCAACCAGAGGUAUAUAGCAGCUCAGGUUAGCCGCUCGUCCAGGUGUCUUUCUGUUCGAUCAACACAGCUCAACACAGUUCAACACAUGCCGCUUAAUCACACCCUGAGAUCGGCUUGAAUCUCGAGCCGCUCCUUUACCUCCUCUACCCUUUGGUUCUCCCUAAGACCCGCACCAUGGAGCGGAGUUCUCGACGACUCACCUUGAUGGUGUGGAUUCUCGAGGAUGUAGGUGACGGGACACCACUCACAGAUGAUGCCGCCCGGCACUUCACGCGCCCCUUUUCCCCGCAGUACGGUUGGAAUGCUACUGUCCGCCGGGUCCUCGGACCUAACUCUCGGCGGGACUUUCAGGUGAGCCCAACUCUCCCCCUAGAUGCGGCUGCGAUACUUAAGGGACAGCAAACGAUACACCGCUUACUCUGCAUGAUCUUGAUGGACGUGAUGCGCAGCAACUAUCGAAGCCGCCCGGACGCCCCGGCGUUCUGCAGCCUCAUCAUGAAGAUGGUGGCCGCCUUGGACCCACGAGCACUUGAAGGGUGGGAUAGCCGGUCCAGCUCGCUAAACCAGCUAAAACGGGAUCUAAGGGCCUUCAUGAAGCUUUGGAAGUCGCGGCUCGACCGGUCCCCCCGGUAGGGGCAGGGGCUGCCAUGGUUGCUGCCAGCAAGGGAAGACGGACCAGUGGGGUUAGGGAAGUAGGCUACCUGGGGCUGGGUGCGGGUUCGUCCAGCCGUGUAGGGGGCCGUUGAGGGCUCAA